GAUUUAUAUCGUUUGUGGUUAAGAAACCGCUUUCAUUUACGUCUUUUGAUUGGAAUCAAAUUUUAUAACUUGCGUGAUAUCUCGCCUGUUUUUUUUGCGUUUCGAUCAUUAUUAUUAGCAAUACAGCAUCGUGGUAAAGAAGAGGGAAAGAACUAAGAAAAAGUUAAACAUGGGACGUUAUAGAAGUCGUAGUCGUGAUAGGGACAGGAGACGUAGAUCACGCAGUAGGUCUCGUAGCAGAUCACCUAGAGACAGAAGGAAUUGGGGUGGCAGCGGAGGUAGAGAUCGAGGUGGUGGCAGAAACAGUCGAGGCCAACCUGGUGCAAAUUUAAGAAAACCUAGAUGGGAUUUAAGUCGAUUAGAACCUUUCAAAAAAGAUUUUUAUGUACCACAUGAAGCAGUUCAGAAUCGAGAUCUACGUAUAGUUGAACAAUAUAGAAGUGAAAAAGAAAUCACUCUUAAAGGAAAAAAUAUACCUAAUCCUGUAUUCACAUUCGAAGAGACAGGUUUUCCGGACUAUGUCCUAAAGGAAAUUAAGCGACAAGGUUUUACUGAACCGACAUCAAUACAAGCACAGGGAUGGCCAAUUGCUUUAAGCGGUAGGGACAUGGUUGGAAUUGCAUCGACAGGUUCUGGAAAAACAUUGUCUUACAUACUCCCAGCAAUCGUUCACAUUAAUAGCCAGCCUAAGUUAGGUCGAAAAGAUGGACCUAUUGCUUUAGUACUAGCGCCAACGCGAGAACUUGCGCAACAAAUUCAGCAAGUUGCCGAUGAUUUUGGUCAUUCCUCUGGUAUUAGAAAUACUUGUCUAUAUGGUGGAGCACCAAAAGGUGCACAGGCUAGAGAUUUAGAUGGUGGUGUGGAAAUCGUUAUAGCUACACCUGGUAGACUAUUGGAUUUCCUUGAAUCAGGACGUACAAAUCUAAAAAGAUGUACUUAUUUAGUUUUGGAUGAAGCAGAUAGAAUGUUAGAUAUGGGAUUCGAGCCACAAAUUCGAAAAAUCAUAGAGCAAAUUAGACCAGAUAGACAAACAUUAAUGUGGUCCGCUACAUGGCCCAAAGAAGUAAAAAAUUUAGCUGAAGAUUUUCUGAAAGAUUAUGCUCAAAUUAAUGUUGGGUCUCUGCAAUUAGCCGCAAAUCAUAAUAUUUUACAAAUCAUUGAUGUUUGUCAAGAUUACGAAAAAGAAAAUAAAUUAAGCACACUUUUGAAAGAAAUAAUGGCGGAAAGUGAAAACAAAACAAUAGUAUUUAUUGAAACAAAACGCAGAGUGGAUGAAAUAACAAGAAAAAUGAAGAGAGAUGGCUGGCCAGCUGUUUGCAUACAUGGUGACAAGACACAACAAGAAAGGGAUUGGGUUUUACAAGAUUUUAGAUCAGGAAAAGCGCCAAUACUUGUCGCAACAGAUGUUGCUGCUCGAGGUCUUGGUAAGUAAACAAUUGUUAUUAUGACGUAAUAAAAUAUCAAAUGUCAUUGAUCAUUUUCCUUUGAUAUGGAGAAUGAAUCACAUUUCUACCAUGAGCUUAAUUAUUGCAGUAUAGAGAUAUCUUGUUCUGAUAUAACAUUAAAAUUAUAGUUACCGUAAAUAAAGAAUAUGAUAAAUUUGUUAACUGGAUCUAAAAAAAAUUAUUCUACAAGAAAUUAGAAUUUACUUUUUAAUAUACUUUUCACUUGUCUCAUGUAUAUGAUAAUCAGAACAAGGUUUCAUUUGAUUUGUAUUUGUACCACUUUAUGAUUGGAAACAAGAUAAUUUUUCUUACUAAAUUAUUGAUAAUGUAAACUAUAUAAAUUUUUCAAAAUUUUAAAUAUCAAGAAAUUUUAUCAUUGAAUAUAAAUAAAUAUAUAUAUAGUUCUAAAUGCAUAACGUGGUUCAUUCAGCAUUUCUAAUCUUUGUGUUUAUUUGCUUCCUCACUUUUUGCUAAAGGUAAUAAUUUUUAAAUAAUACAUGAGAAUGGUCGUAAAGAUAAGUUGAAAUUGAAAAAUGUACUCGGCAAGCUCUUGAUUUAUUAAAGGUACAGAAGCAAUUGAUUUAGUUACAGAGAAAACAUGAAUUCUAAAAGUCAAAAACAAAUAAUUGCACAGUUCCUAGCUGGAGACAUAAAGGUGUUGCUUUCUCAAAGAAUUGCAUAACUUCAUAAAGUUCUGAUGCACCAUUUUACGUUGCUACAUUUACAAUGUAAUUACUAUUUGAACUUAGGGUUAAUCUGACCACAUUAUUCUACGCUUGCCGAAAGUCACAGAUGAACAAAAUAGAAGUUUAGAGAUAGAUAUUCUUUCCCAUAAAAUAUCGCCUUCAUUGAGAUUAUCAAAGUUCUGUUAAUGAGAUAAUUAAUGACAAAAAGAAAUAGAAUAGAAAAAAAAAAGACUAGAAAACAAAAAGAAAUACUGUAAUACAAAAUUCAUAUUGAACACAGGAAAAUAAUGAGAUAAACAUGUACCUAACGCGGUUGGAUCUUUGUUUGUAUUGCAGAGGCACAUUGCGCGCAGACCCACGCCGGGUAAUGCAAAGCAAAUUGGGGGUGCCCGCCGCGUGUUUGUUCGGUGGUGCACUGGUUUGCAUUGUCUGCGCUGGCUGCGACGCGUGCCUCUAUACGUCAAUUCCGUGAAAGGCCAGUCCGGGCCAAAUCGGGGUCUACUUUACCUCCUACAUACUGGAUAUCAGUUCUACGCUACGCUGUACGCCAUCUGGGCUGGCCAAGUCGUUGUUGCCAGAAUAGAAUCCCCUGCGCUGGCCGCUCAAGCUAAUCAGACCCAACAACGGUCCAUUGAGGCGGUGGCAUGGUAGCUGAUGCCAGAGCCUCUAAGUGUGCCCUGUAGCAACAGAAUGGCGGAGGCUGUAGCUGGAGCGAGCGCAAACAGCCAGGCCCUGCCCACGUUGAAGACGUCAAGUUUGUCAUCAAUUUUGACUAUCCCUCUUGUUCGGAGGAUUACGUUCAUCGAAUCGGUCGAACAGGUCGUCGCCAAAAAACUGGCUAACGACCUGAUCCAGGUAUUGAAAGAAGCAAACCAAGUUAUCAAUCCAAAGCUGUUGGAACUUGCUGACAGUAAGAGUGGUGGAUAUGGUAGACAUAGAGGUACUUAUGUGGGAGAAAUAGAUGGCGGUCUCGAGGUGGCCGAAACGGGAAAGAUCGUAGCUACUCGAGAAGUAGAAGUCGAAGUCACAGUAGGGAACACAAUGGUCGUAGUAAUCGUCGCAGUUACAGUCGAAGUUACUCUCGAAGUCGUAGUCCUGUUAGCAAUCGUACAGGUAAGUAACGGUAUGUUCGCAUUGUGCUAAAGCAUCUGUAUAUCUGUAUCUUAAUGGAACAACUUCUCAAAUUUUAUAUUGUGUAAAAAGAUUUGUAUGUUUAUAGAAGUAAUCGGUAAGAGCUAUUGGAGCAGCGAGAGAUGAUCUUCCACGAACAGUUAAGGACCAAAUCAAUUGCAUAUAAUAUAAAAUUCAUGAUUUUUCUCUUUUUUUCUCUCUCUCUUUUUUUUUCUUUUUCUAUGUCCCUUUUAAAAGUACACACUUGAUAUGUACACGUCGCAUAAAUUAUGACAUUGUGGUGUUCCACUGACGUAUACGUCGCUGAUAAUACUUGUGCAUUACAAGUAGAUCAGAGUUAGAAAUGUAAGGUGAAUGUUUUCAAUAAACGAAUACACAUCCUUAAAUUAUAUAACAGAACGACGUGGUUAGUUGA